AGAAGAAGGAAAAGAAAGAAUAACCAGGAGAAGAAGAAAACGAAGGAAAAUCCUGCUCGCCUCCAUCACUCUAUGCCUAUGAACGAUGACGAUGGUGCGAUCAGAAGGUCGCCAAACGGCGCCAGUGAUGGUCCAAGCAACGGGUCGGCAAACGGCGCCGGUGAUGGUCCAAUGACGGGUCAGCAAACGGCGCCGGUGAUGGUCCAACGACGGGUGAGAGUCAUUUUCAAGGAAGAAUAUGAGAGGGCUGGUUUAGCGGAAGAGGCAAAGCCAGGUCGUUCUUGCUCUGAUCAUAAGAAUGCGAAGAGGAAGACAAGGAGUGAGUUGUAAGCAGCUGCAUAAUGUAUGAUUUUCCCCCAUUAAAUCACCUGGUCGCAGCUUAGGAAGACGAACAAGCCGAAUAUGAAGGCAGAAGAAGGGGGAAGAAAGGUGAUAGGGGUCGAAGUCGUUCCUGUUAUCGAAGCUCCAUUAUGAACAGGUCUAGUGGUCUUCUCUCCUCACGCCAUCACGCAAUGCAAGGGGAAGUUUUCAACGCCUGGAUCGUCAUGGCAACAUCAUACAGUUGUUUACUGUAUUCUGACCCAUUGUUGGUUUGAAUGUGUUGCUUGAUGCACCUGUGAUGCCGAAGGUGUCUCGCCUGCUGAUGGUUUGGUGCCAGGUGUUUUGCGUGGUUUCAGCUUACUUCGCUCAAGCUUGGACUGAGUUUACAUAUAAGCCUUUCAAGUCACUUGGCAUGACAAGGAAGAAGAAAGAAGUUGUGACCUGGUUCAGAAGGUGUCGGCUAGGAUUUAUAGCAAAUGCAUUGGGGUUCCUGCUGGCCAUUUCGCUUUUAUUUGUUUAUGUUGUUAUCUUUCUCAAGGGAAAUGAUAGCUUCAACAUUCUCAUGCAACACCCAUUGAGCAUUUGAUGGAAGAAACCUGUACAAGCUGUUAAGCAACAGGUGUGAUGAGGAAGAAGCCAAUGGCAACGUGUUGGUCAGUUUGAUGUACCAGUAAGGGGUGUUGGGAACUGUGGAUUAGGAGGUAGAGCAGUGUACAACUCGACUUACAUGAAGAGGUUACAAUGAGAAUUUGAGGUCGUGUUGCUUUGGCCUAAUGGAGUCGUGGAGCACAGUAAAGGUGAAAAAGCUGUACUGUAAAUUCGCAGUCUCCCUACCGUACUGAGUUCUUAACAACAGUUAUCAGGGAUGAGCUCUUUGAUAACAAGGGAAAUUAUAACUUCAGUUUUCCCAUUGUACCUUUGAGCCUUUGUGAGUGUUGGCUUUUGGAUCGAAAUGUUUCAUUGGUUCAAUGUUGGUGCCUCUUUUGUUAGUUGGUUCGUACAUUCAUGAUCAAGUAGUUAAAAGUUGCACUUACAUGGACCGGCCGCUGCAAAUGGUUGGAAACUGACUGGUGUUGUAUUUUUAUACAUUGCUUAAGCGGCGAGAGUUAUAUUAGAUCUCCAUUUUUGUUGCCUCCAGGUUUGGUAUACGUGUACACGGUUACAGAAGUAGGACUUGAUGUUAUUACUUUUUCUUUUAGAGAAGGCGAACGAGGGAGGACUAGGAAUUGUUGCAUUUGAUUAACAUCGAAUUGCAAAUGGUUAGCGAUUUAAUGAUUUAAUUUAUUCAUAUU